UGUCUUGGAUAAAAACCAGAAGGCUGCCAAUUUUCACAACUAGUUCAUUCUUGUUCUCACCUCUAGUGCUAGUGUAAACCAUAGCGCUGGAUGUGAUCUGAAUCAUAUGGUGUGACAUGUUGCUGUGGAUUUACACAGUGCUUUUAUGCACUGUUUUAUCAUUUGGUUUUGGACAUGUUUGCGACUAUGAAUUGUAUAAAUGUGGAGCCUGGGCUUUGGGAGACAUACAGAUAGGAAUGCUCAGUUCCAUUUUUCCUAAAGUGGAGAAUCUAUAUUCACGAGGAGCUCCAGAUACUUACAACUGCUCAGGAUUUAAUUCUGGAUCAUUUGUACGGAUGCUUAAUUUCAUCUACACCAUUGAAACAAUUAAUAACUCCAGCUUUCUGCCGGGUGUACGCCUUGGUUACCACAUCUGUGACACUUGCUGUCAUGCUUCAAAAGCCAUACAGAGCACAGAGCACCUGCUGGCGUUAAACAACACUGAACCUGGCCAGUGUGGGCCCAUUCAAACCCCCAGAGUAAAGGCUAUCAUUGGAGCACGGUACUCCGAGGUGUCGAUCAGUGUGGCUCGACUUCUGAGUCUCUACAUGGUGCCACAGAUAAGCGGAAGUUCCUCUGCAGAAGCAUUGAGUGACCGCCUGCGCUACCCUUCCUUCCUCCGCACCAUACCCAGUGAUAUCCACCAGAUGAAAGCCUUGGCCAAACUCAUGUCGUACUUUGAGUGGGACUGGGUUGGUGUCAUUCAUGGGGAUGAUGAUUAUGGCAAAAAUGCACUCCAAGGCUUCCUGGAUAAUGCAGAAAAUGAGAAUGUUUGCACUGCCUUUAUAGAAACAUUGCCUUACUACCUAGAUUUUAAGGACAUUGAUAAUAUGAUCCAAAAAGUGGUACAAACCAUCCAAAACUCCACAGCAAACAUUGUGUUAAUCAUCUUAAGAGAAGAGCUUGUGCACAAACUCUUCACCGAGGUGAUCAAACAGAAUAUAUCACGCACUUGGAUAGCCAGUGAUGCCUGGUCAGUGUCGCGUAAUAUCAGUGACAUGAAUGGCAUCAACAACAUUGGGGAUGUAUUUGGUUUCAGUUUUAUUACAGGCCCUAACCCUGGAUUUAAUGAGUAUCUACAAAAUCUCGCCAUCACCCUGGGUACUGAGAAUGAGUUCAUAGAAGAAUACCAAAAGUUGGGGAAAGACAAAGACUACUUAACAAAAGUGGUGGAUAUUAACCAGGUUUAUGCUGACCGAUUGGCUGUGCUAUCAAUUGCUCAUUCCCUAAAGAAGAUUUUAAAAUGUAACCAGACUACCUGUCCAGGGAACAAAGAUUUCCCCCCAUAUGAGCUUCUCAAUGAACUGAAACAGGUCAACUUUACUCUGGACAAUCAGACGUUCUACUUCAAUACAUCUGGAAACUUUGUCAAUGGCUACGAUUUGAUGAACUGGGCACAAAAUAAGUCUAGUGGACAAAGAGAGUUUGUUGUUGUUGGGGCAUAUAAACUGGAGCAAGAACAAAUUUAUAUUGACAAAUCUAUCCCGUGGUAUAAUUCAAAUUCGAAUACGAAACCAAUUUCCAUAUGCUCUGAUGCCUGCCCUCCUGGCAAAGCAAAAAAACUUUCAAAGAAAUCCUGCUGUCAUGAGUGCAUAGACUGUUUGGAGGGCACUUACUCCAAUGGCACGAACCAUCAGAACUGUCUCCCGUGCCAAAAUGGGACAUGGUCACUAAAAGGUUGGACACACUGUACAACAAGGAAAGAAGUCUAUUGGAUGUGGGAUGGGCCACGAGCUAUAAUUUUUCUAGUGUUUGCCAUGGCAGGAUUUCUCCUUUUGUUUAUGAACUUGAUUAUCUACUUGGUGUUUCAUAAGAGUCCUGUCAUCAAACAGGCUGGAGGCUACAUUUAUCUUCUCAUUAUGGUAGGGUUAGCACUUAGCUACACCAGUGUCAUAAUCUUCAUUGGUAAACCCAAUGUUCAUAAGUGUAGGGCACGCCAGGUCCUAUAUGGCUUAGGAUUCUCACUUAUUGUUUCAUGUAUCCUGGUAAAAGCCCUGCGCACAUUUGUAGCAUUCCUUCCUAGAUACCGCCAACACAAUUUCAAGAAAUUCUACAAGCCUCCUGUUAUUAUUGGCUCCGGCACCUUCAUUCAAGUUCUCAUUUGCAUCUUUUGGCUAGUUUUUGAUUCUCCUUCUGUGGAGACUCUGACAUCUAAUGACAGCAUGGAGAUCACUAUACAGUGUAUAGAAGGUUCUGGCAUGGGAUUUGGCUUUAUGCUUUGUUACAUUGCCCUGCUCGCACUCAUCUGCUUUAUUCUGGCAUUUAAAGGGAGAAAAGCUCCUCAACGCUUCAAUGAAACUGGACACAUUAUACUCAGCAUGCUGAUAUACCUGUUUGUAUGGGUGUGUUUUACUCCGAUAUAUGUUGCAAGGAUCGUAGAGCGCUACUCAAUUCAGGCUGCGGCUAUCUUGGUUUCAUCAUAUGGAAUUAUCUUCUGUCACUUUGCCCCCAAGUGGUACAUGGCCCUUUGCAAAAAGAAGGAUGAGGUCACUAUGGAGGCCUAUAUUGCACAAGCAUGCAAUUCCAGACCAUCAAUUGCCUCCAUUCUUACUACUUCUUCAGGGGUCGGGUCGCUAAAUUCAGAAACUGGACUCCACUUCUCAGCUUCACAGAUAAGCAUGAACUCAAAUGAUACUGGGAAUGACUACACAAUUAGCACUGCAUGCACUUUACAUGCAAAUAAAUUCAGUAGCUCUCAGCAGAUCAUACGGAAAAGGUUCCACAGGAGGUCUAUUUAGAAGACUUCUACAUGAAUCUCUGAAUCUCUCCAUGUAGAAGUAUUAUUAUUAUUAUUAUUAUUAAUGGCAUUUAACUUUACAUUACAUAAGUAUUCUUCAUCUAUCUAAUAUUUACAUAUUGCUAUAUGUUUUUAACAUGGACAGCACUGUUGUAAAUUAUGCACCGAGUAACAACAUAUUUGCCACUAUUGACAAAAUUUUAAAAUGGUCUGUAUUUCUUUUUGAAAUUGUCCUUUUAGUUCAUGUCCUCUUUUGGAAGAAAUGUCCACUGAGCUGAUUGUGUUAUUUAUUGAUCUAUAUGUUUUGUGUAAAUGUUAUGAAGACUUUUCCUUGAUUUUAUGUGAUUUGUACAUAUAAUUAAUAAAAAAAAAUAUCAUGUGAAAGUGUUUGGGAUAGUUAAUGUGCAUUAUAAAAUAUAAGUUUUAUGUAUGUGUGUAUCGACAGUCCCCUCCAAAAGGAACAGCAAGGCCAAUUCUAUUGUUUUCGCUAUACAUGGAAGACAUUUGGAUUUAAGAUAAAAAGAUGAAAAUGAGAUGACACAUCAGAAUUUCAGCUUUCCUUUCCUCGAUUUGUUAAACAACUUAGAACAUGGCACUUUUUUUUUUAAACCCACCCAUUUUAUCAAGUGAUCAAAUAUAUCAGAACACAUGACUGAUAGGUGUUCCUUGCUGCCCAGGAAAAUGGUAUCUUGUUUAACAUGUGCAAGGCAUUCCAUAUUUAGGUUGUAUAUCAUCAUGGACUCCAUUAUAACCUCAAAACAUGUAGAAAACGAGAGCAUGCUAAUAUUAAAUGGUCUGCACUUAU